AUGGGAACCCCUGGCCUCUCGCCACAAACAAGCUCGCUUAUGCACAAUGUACAAAAUUUAUGUACAAAUCACAAAGAUGUACAAAUCACAUCAUUCAUGUUAACUAGUCUGAGUACCUGACUCCAGCAACAGAAACUUGGACUCGUGGAUCUCAUGGUUUUAAAUAUUUUAUUGAACAUACAAGUAGAACAGUGAGGGAAUGGAAAAGCCUCCCUUCUGACAUUGUAUCUACCAAAUCUUUAGAUAUUAUUAAGAGUAUGUUAAGUGGUUACUUACAAGGAGAUUAG